AUGGAGAAGCAGGAACAAGUGAACCGGCGUACUCAGCAUGGAAAUACGAAGCUUAUUCGACUCCCAACGGUCGACGUGGUCGCCAGGACCAUGGCGUUCGAGCGGAUGAGGCCAAUUGUGCACAAUGUCUCAAACAGCGGUUCUCACCCAAACCGCAGCGUCCCCCCGGCGGUCCUUGACUCACCGCAUCUUCUAGUUCAGUCCCAGGUACACCAUGACUCUCGCCGGGGGUCCCAGUCUCAAAGCUCGUUAUCUCGUGAAUAUGAUUCUUCUGAGAAUAUCAAUGAUGACCAGCGCACAAAUUUGUCCCGGACCCGUGCGGUCAUCUUGAUUACGACCUUGACGGGCAUCACAUUCGUGGGCAGCAUGAGCACGGGCUUGCUGACCAUUGGGCUGCCUUGGAUUGCAGCAGAUUUGGGCCUGCCGGAGAAUCUGCUUUUAUGGCCGGCAUCUGUCUACUCACUUGCAAAUGGAUGCUGCCUUCUUCUCGCCGGAUCGUUAGCCGAUUUCAUGGGCAACCGAAUGAUCAAUCUAAUCGGCUGUUUCUUGCUGGGAACCUUCAUUCUGGCUUGCGGUGUAGCCCAAACCGGUAUACAGCUGAUUCUGUUCCGCACAUUCCAAGGCAUCGCAACCUCCAUGUGCCUGCCUACGGCAUUCAGUAUUUUGACCGACUCCAUGCCAGUGGGUAAACGGCGAAAUAUCGGGUUUGCCUGCCUUGGACUGGGACAGCCGUUUGGUUUCUCGGUAGGGCUGGUUUUUGGUGGACUUUUCCAAGGAACUUCUCUCAACUGGAGAUUUGGGUACUACCUCUGCGCUGGUGUCACCAUGGGCUUGGCCGUGGUGAACUUUUUCAAAUUGCCGAAAGAUUCUGAGAGACAGCCGUUCACGUUUGCGAGACUGUGCCGCGAGAUUGAUUGGAUGGGGAUCUUCCUGUCCAGUUCUUCCUUGGGAAUCAUCUCUUAUGUGUUCGCCGCCAUCACUGAUAGCCCAUCGAAUAUCCACAAGGCUGAAAACAUUGUCCUCCUCUGUGUGGCAGCUGUUAUGAUCACCGCAUUUCUAGGCUGGAUGAACUGGCGCGAGAAGAUCGGAAAGCCGGCUUUAAUCCCGAAUUCUCUUUGGCAAAACACCGCAUUCAGCUCUAUUUGCAUCAUGGUCCUGUUCUCGUGGGCUGUGCUAAACGGCAUGGAGACGAUUCUCAGUCUAUUCUUCCAAGAAGUUCAAGACCUGCCUGCCAUUCAAGCGGCCCUUCGAUUCCUCCCCAACAUUAUAAUCGGCAUCAUCCUCAACCUUGGAACUGGUUUACUGGUGCAUCGUCUUCAUGCUAAUUACCUAGUGCUAGUCUCCUCAGUUCUCAGUGCAGGAUCUCCACUGCUAAUGGCCAUCAUUGACCCCGAGUGGUCGUGGUGGUAUUGUGCCUUUUGGGCCGUGCUGCUGGGACCCCUAUCCGCAGACGUCAUCUUUACCGUGGCAAAUCUAAUUAUUACGGACGCAUUCACGCCCAAAACCCAGGGCCUGGCUGGAGCGGUCUUUAACGUUGUCGCUCAGUUUGGAACCUCCAUUGGGCUUACUAUAUUCGCCAUCAUCUCUGCUGGUGUGACACAGGGUUCUUCAUUUGAAAAUAAAAACUCACCCGAAGCGCUCAUGUUGGGCUAUCGCGCUGUAUUCUGGACUUGUUUCGGAUUGAUGAUGGCUGCAUGUGGCGUUGGCGCCUGGGGACUACGCAAGGUCGGGAAGGUUGGCUUGAAGAGGGAGUAA